AUGAGUACUAGCGCUGCUGCCACUAACGAUGAUAACAAAAAGGUUACUUUGAAAAGUUGUGACGAUGUGGAAUUCAAAGUAGAAAUACCAGUCGCAAGUCGUUCAAUCUUGCUUAAGAACAUGAUAGAAGACGUUGGGGAAACUGAUCAAUCAAUUCCCCUUCCAAACGUCAACGAAAAAGUGCUAAAAAAGGUCCUGGAGUGGUGUCAACAUCACGUAAAUGACCCUCAACCUACGAAUGACGAUGAUGACUCUCGUAGGAGAAAUACCGAAAUUGAUGAUUGGGACCAAAGAUUUCUAAGUGUUGAACAGGAUAUGCUAGAUAUCGGUUGUAAAACUGUCGCCAAUAUGAUCAAGGGCAAAUCUCCAGAAGAAAUUCGUUCCACAUUUAAUAUAGUUAAUGAUUUUAAUUAA